GUCAAGAUGACAAGGGAUCCCAAAGGCUAUAUAAGGUGUCAAGAAGCAAUGACAAGAGCAUUCAAGUUACAUAUAGAAGAAACUGAAGAAUACUACCAUGGCAAGCUUCCAGGUGUUGGUUGCAGUUGUAUUUGUCUCAGCAGUUGCAUUCCAAUCAUGCCUUGUCCAUGGAAAUUUUUACAAUGACAUGUAUUUCAACUGGGGUGGCGAGCAUUCUUCCAUUUUUGGCUCUGGUGAUGAUCUUAAUUUGGUGCUGGAUAAAGCUUCAGGAUCGGGUGUUCAAUCAAGCAAGGCAUUCCUUUUUGGAAGCAUUGAAAUGCUAAUCAAAUUGGUUCCAGGGAACUCUGCAGGAACUGUCACUGCAUAUUAUCUUUCUUCUACUGGUGCCUAUCAUGAUGAGAUCGACUUUGAGUUCUUAGGGAAUUCAUCAGGACAACCUUACACCAUGCACACAAACAUCUUUACCCAAGGCAAAGGAAAUAGGGAGCAGCAGUUUAAGUUAUGGUUUGACCCAACUGCCGAUUUCCACAACUACACCAUUCACUGGAACCCCACCGCAGUUGUGUGGUAUGUAGAUAGUAUACCCAUUAGGGUCUUCAGAAACUACAAAAGUGAAGGAAUUGGCUACCCAAACCAACAAGGAAUGCAGGUCUACUCUAGUUUGUGGAAUGCCGAUAACUGGGCAACAAGAGGCGGCCUAGUCAAAAUCGACUGGACCUGUGCACCUUUUAAGGCCAGUUUGCGUAAAUUCAAUGCAAGGGCUUGCAAGUGGAAUGGACCCGUUAGCAUUUUCCAGUGUGCCUAUCCUACCUCAGCUAACUGGUGGACCUCCCCCAUUUACAAUCAACUGAACUGGGAUCAGCAGGGUAAGCUGAAAUGGGUUAGAGAUAACUACAUGAUCUAUAACUACUGCACAGAUUACGAGCGUUUCAAUUGGCAGAUGGCUCCUGAAUGCUCCAAGCCACAAUACUAAACAAAACAUGGCACACGUAUACCUCCAAUUUGUUUUCCAAUCUGCACUUGAAACUCAAUUUUCUUUGUCUUACAUGCUUUCUUCUGUUCAUCGUCUAUCAUUCAAAUGUAUGAUCUUUUCCUCCCAAACCUUGUCAGACAGAUCCACAGAUGUAUUAUGUUGGUAUUCUAAUAUAAGAUCUUAAA